AAGGCACAAACAAAACACUGGUCAUAAUGUUUCCACUGAAGACCUUGCUGGCAGUUCUAUAUACACAGAGUAUUUGGACUAUAGGACACUCCAGAAGCUGUGGCGAUAGACAGAUUUGGAUGAAUGAACAAUGCUGUGACCUGUGUCCCCCAGGUAAACAUGUGACGGCGUUCUGCACACAGGAAGAACAAACUGUCUGUACCCCCUGUGAGGAGGGCUACUUCUCAAAUCAAUCCAUCAUCUUUGACAGAUGUGAGAAAUGCCAGGAAUGCCAACAUGACUAUGCAGAGAAAUGUACGCUGACCACAAAUGCAAAAUGUUCAUGUCGCCCUGGUUUCCUGUGCUCCGACAGUCUCUGUUCGGUGUGUGGGGAACACAAAUGCGGUGCAGGGGAGAAACUGAACAGGACAGACAUUCCCAAGGGUUCAGGGUUGAUACAGUAUUCAUAUCGGUGUGAGCUUGCAUGCCCUGACAAAGCCUAUUUUGAUGCAAAAGAGAAUCUCUGCAAGCCAUGGACACAGUGCAGCGCACUUGGACUUGCUGAACUGAUUCCAGGAAACAAAACCCACAACUCAGUUUGUAAUGAACCUGGCUCCAUUCAUGUGAUUCUCAGCAUCGGCUUUCUUUUGCUCUCUCUCAGCCUCUUUGUGUUUCUAGCUUUUGCCUGUAUAAAGAACCUAAGGAAGCACAAAGCAUGCAAUGAUCCUACUAACACCAGGGACUUUCACCUGUCAAAGGAGGAGAGUGGAUUCCAGAUCACCGUUCAGGGUGACUGUAAGGACAGUUUUGGCGAACUGCAUCUGGGUCACCACCUUUGAUUUAAAGUCUAAGAGGAAAUGAGGAGUCUGGUUUAUGACAUCUUAAAAUGUCAUGGUACAGUACAGUAUCAGUACAUACCUGAACAUGAAGACGCAUAAACAGAGAAACCUGUGAGAGUUAGAGGUGCCAGCUUUGAUAUCCGGAUCAAUAGGAUAGAUCUGGACAGGAAACUGGAAGACCAGCACUUGUUCCUUCCCCUCAGGUUUCCUUGGUAAAGGCACUUCCCAUCUGACAGAAUUGUGGUACUCUGUGGUCAACAGAUAAGAUGAUGGUUGAAACAUGCAGAUUUGAAUGUGUGUAACUGUAAAUGCAGAGUAUAAAAAUAAUAAUACAAAAUAAAAAGUAAAAAGAAAAAUCUUUAAAAAUCUAAAGAGCUGGCAAUUUCAGUGUGUAUUGUGUACUUGGAAACUUCUCAAAAUGCUCCAAGGAUGGCUGGGCUGUGACCAUGGAAAACAAUUUUUGUGAAUCUUCUGAAAUGACUUGAACAAUUAUAUGUUUUGUUACAUUUCUACGGGACAUAGAGUGAUCAUCUUAAAAAAAAAAAGUCAAAAUAAGUUUAUCAUUAUACAUUCAUCCUCUUUUCUCUGAUUAUAUGGCAAGGGACCCUAACCUUUAUCCCAUCCUGCCACCAAGUUGACAGAAAAAUCACAAAACAAGGCCAUUAGAAUUUUGUUUUUGGUCAGAAUCAAAUCAGUCGUUUCUUACAGUGAUACAAUUUGGUCAUCUCCAGACAGCAUAUUAUAGAGCUGAUUGUGUCUUUCAUCUGUGAAUAUUCUUUUAACCACCCCAAAAAUAAACUUUUCUUUUACUUUUGAUUUUACUCAUAAUGUCAUUUAAAAAGAUUGUAUUUUAUAUCUAUCUCUCUCAACAUCUCACUGUCUCAGAGCAGAAGCAGAGUUAAAGUUUUUUGUUUUUGAUUUGUAUUUUUAGCAACAUGGAUUGUUUCUUUGUAUUUUUAUUUUAUUUUUAUUUAUUUUUAUUUAUUUUUACAUUGUCUGUAUUUACGCAUUGUCAUCAAUAAAUUAAAUCCAAACAGUC